AUGAGCUUUGAUUGCAAAGCGUGUUCCAACGGGUGCCACUCGUCGUGUCAACGUGCGUCUAGCAACAAUCAAGGGCAAUCAUAUUGCUACACUGGCUCGUCCGUGUCCGUGUCCACGAUCAAUGGUCUGUCCUCUUGUAAAAGCUUCAGUGAGACCAAUGCGUACUGCUGCGCCAACGAUGUCCAACCCACGAUAUCCCCCGCCGCACGUCAAGACAUGUGCAGCACAACAUUUUCAUCUUGCGACGAAAUCCAGGCGUCUGCCGCGUAUAGCUGCUACUCGUGCACGACAUCCAACGACGGCUCGGGGACGUACCAAGUCUUGGCUGGCUUGCCCAACUCUGUGACCUGUAGCGGCAGCAUCGUCGCCGCCGUCACCGCAGUCGUCCCUCUGACCGUUGCGCCGCAGUACCCGACAUCCAUUUACGGCAAUGUGGUCGCAGUCAGCUUCGCUUCCACGGUAUUAUUGUGCUUCGUGGCGUACGUGUUUCGCGACAGGUCCAAGACGUCUCGGAAGAGCGCGUCGUGGCUGCGUCUGCCCCUCCCGUGGGGACAAGGGCUGGACUUAACCCUAAUCGGGAAGUUUGCGAUUGCCAUCGACGCGUAUUGGACCAAAGUCCUCGAGGACGGGGUUCGCCAGGCGCUGGUGCCGUACGUUGUCGCAGAAACGGCCCUGCUCGACUUGAUCUGGUGCUUUCCGCGGGGCAAGCCCCACACGUCCAAGUGGUUGACGUGGGGCGCGUUUGCGUCCGACUUGCUCUUGAAAGCGUCGAUUGCCAUCAUGUUUAGCUCGGUCAACAUCCUGGCCUACGACGGAUGUCAAGUGUCUGUGGUCAACUGCCACGAGGGCGGAACCAGCGUGGUCACGUCGUCCUCGUCGUGCUUUAGCAACGGCAUAGCCGUCGACAGCAACGACCUCCAAUUCAGCGGCACCGCGUACUACCUCGUCCCCAUUGUGACGCGAGUGUUGGGCUACGGGAUCGCCGCCAUACGAGCACUGCUUUGUGACAACCACGCCAAGACGUUCUUCGUAUUCGCAGCCGUCCACGGCACCGCGGCGGUGGUCGCCGGCACUUUCGUCAUGAAAUUCCAAUCGUCCACAAGUUCGGCCACGACGGACCAGCGGGUCAAGGCCAUCAUGUCAACGUUGGGCAUGGGAUAUGUCGGCAACUUGUUUGAGAUACCAUUUGCGAUGUUGCAGUGGGGGAUGGGCAUGCUCUGCCUUGGGUGUUGGGCUACUGUGGACAGGAAUGGAUACGACCAGCACGUGGCCUGGCUCGCCUCGGAAGGCAAUCCCCCACCGAUGGUGAAACCUGUUCAAGAAUUGACAGCGCCUCCACUGCCCGUCGACGCAGUCAAGUUGGAGUUCGUCGCCGCCCCUGCACAUCCAUAA